CCUUCUGCCACCCACUUGUCUGUCUGUGAGCUGGAAGCCGAUCUCCCUGUUGGCUGGGACAGGUGGGCUGUGGCGCCGCCCCUGGCAACGCGGCCCUGGAAGCCCCAGCUGGGGCCUGCACCCCUUGCCAGAGCUGUCUUGUGGAAAUGAAGGUUUAAGGACAAGUUGUCUAUCAGAUUAGAAGAUGGGAUCGAACAGCAGCAGAAUCGGUGAUCUUCCUAAAAAUGAGUACUUAAAAAAAUUAUCAGGCACAGAAUCUGUCUCUGAGAAUGACCCAUUCUGGAAUCAGCUUCUGUCAUUUUCUUUCCCUGCACCAACUAGCAGUACCGAGUUGAAGCUCUUGGAGGAGGCAACCAUUUCAGUCUGCAGGUCUUUAGUUGAAAACAAUCCACGAACAGGAAACCUUGGUGCACUCAUUAAGGUCUUCCUUUCUAGAACCAAAGAACUAAAACUUUCAGCAGAAUGUCAAAAUCACAUCUUCAUUUGGCAGACACACAAUGCUUUGUUUAUUAUUUGCUGUUUGCUGAAAGUGUUCAUUUGUGAGAUGUCUGAGGAAGAGUUGCAACUUCAUUUUACUUAUGAAGAAAAAUCUCCUGGCAGUUACAGUUCUGACUCCGAAGAUCUUUUGGAAGAAUUGCUCUGCUGUUUGAUGCAGUUAAUCACUGAUAUUCCACUCUUAGAUAUUACAUAUGAAAUAUCAGUAGAAGCUGUGUCAACAAUGGUGGUUUUCCUUUCCUGCCAACUGUUCCAUAAAGAAGUUUUGCGACAGAGUAUCAGUCACAAGUAUUUGAUGCGAGGUCGAUGUCUUCCAUACACCAGCAAACUUGUGAAAACCUUAUUGUAUAACUUUAUCAGACAAGAAAAGCCUCCGCCUCCAGGAGCACACGUUCUCCCCCAGCAGUCGGACAGCGGGGGACUGCUGUACGGACUGGCCUCAGGAGUAGCAACUGGACUCUGGACUGUCUUCACACUGGGUGGUGUGGGCAGCAAAGCAGCCGCCGCUCCAGAACUUUCUUCCCCUCUGGCCAACCAGAGUCUCCUGCUUCUGCUGGUGCUGGCCAACCUGACAGAUGCUGCAGACGCACCAAACCCCUACAGACAGGCCAUCAUGUCCUUCAAGAAUACUCAAGAUAGCAGUCCUUUCCCCUCAUCAAAUCCACAUGCUUUCCAGAUUAACUUUAACAGUUUGUACAUGGCCCUCUGUGAACAGCAGACAUCUGAUCAAGCAACCCUCCUUUUGUAUACAUUGCUGCAUCAGAAUAGUAAUAUUAGAACAUACAUGUUGGCUCGCACAGAUAUGGAAAAUCUUGUUUUACCAAUUCUCGAGAUUCUGUAUCAUGUGGAAGAAAGAAAUUCACACCAUGUGUAUAUGGCCCUUAUAAUAUUGUUGAUCCUUACGGAAGAUGAUGGCUUCAAUAGGUCCAUUCACGAAGUGAUAUUAAAAAAUAUUACUUGGUAUUCAGAACGGGUUUUAACUGAAAUUUCACUGGGGAGUCUUCUGAUACUAGUUGUAAUAAGAACCAUUCAGUACAACAUGACAAGAACCAGAGACAAGUACCUUCACACAAAUUGUUUGGCAGCUUUAGCCAAUAUGUCGGCACAGUUUCGUUCUCUCCAUCAGUAUGCUGCCCAGAGGAUCAUCAGCUUGUUUUCCUUGCUGUCCAAAAAACACAACAAAGUUCUGGAACAAGCCACACAGUCCUUGAGAGGUUCACUGAGUUCCAAUGAUGUUCCUUUACCAGAUUAUGCACAAGACCUAAAUGUCAUUGAAGAAGUGAUUCGAAUGAUGUUAGAGAUCAUCAAUUCCUGCCUGACAAAUUCUCUUCAUCACAAUCCAAACUUGGUGUAUGCACUGCUUUACAAACGCGAUCUCUUUGAACAAUUUCGAACUCAUCCUUCAUUUCAGGAUAUAAUGCAAAAUAUUGAUCUGGUGAUCACCUUCUUUAGCUCACGGUUACUACAGGCUGGAGCUGAGCUGUCAGUGGAACGGGUCCUGGAAAUCAUCAAGCAAGGGGUUGUCGCGCUGCCCAAAGACAGGCUGAAGAAAUUUCCAGAACUGAAAUUCAAAUAUGUGGAAGAGGAGCAGCCCGAGGAGUUUUUUAUCCCCUACGUUUGGUCCCUGGUGUACAACACAGCAGUAGGCCUAUACUGGAACCCGCAGGACAUCCAGCUCUUCACCAUGGAUUCCGACUGAGGGCGGGAUGCUGCCUCCCAGCCUGACCCCCUCCAGCCAAGCAGCUCUUCUAGUGAUGUUUUUCUGGGGAACAGAGGUAGACAGAGUCCCUGGCAUGUCUUCCAUUGAGGAGGAUCACACUGGCGUGUUUCCCUUGCACACUCGGGUUUGCAGAAUUGGUGCCAGUUGGCAGUAGAUCACUCACUUUAGAUGAUAGUGGGGGGGGGGCCACAGAACAAUAAUAAAUGUAAAAACCUGCUGUUUCA